AUGGAAACAGCAGUGACCCUCCUGGCUCUGUCUUUCUUUCAUGUCUGCUCUUCAGUACCUAUAAGCCGUCCAACCAACUGGCUCAGACAAUGCCGUGCCUCUACCAACCUCUCCAUCACAGCACUGGAGGUGCUCCCAGGGGGAGGAUGGGAUAAUCUCCGAAAUAUGGACAUGGGUCGAGUCAUGAACCUCAGCUACGUCCAGUGCCAGACCACCGAGGAUGGGCUCUACCUAAUCCCAGAUGAAGUAUUUGUCAUCCCCCAAAAACAGACAGGUGUGGAGACCAGCUCAGAGAUAAUCAGUUCCUGGCUUGAGCAGAAAAGCUCGACAUCUCACUCCAUUAAUGCAGACAUAUCCUUCCUCUCGGUGCUCAAUGGUAAAUUUUCGAUUGAGAACAAGAGGAUGAAAACCCAUCAGGUAAAGGACUCUUCAACCACAGCCAAAGUGCAGGUUCGUAACUUCAUCUACACAGUCAAGGCUUAUCCGGACUUCACGUUGGACACACGAUUUGCUCAGCAAAUCAGAGACAUCGCUGAUGCCAUUGAGAACAACCAGACACGGAAUGCAGACUACCUCUCAGAGAAGAUGGUGCUGGACUACGGAACUCACGUCAUCACUAGUGUCGAUGCUGGGGCUGCUUUGGUGCAGGAGGACUAUCUCCGUUCUUCAUAUGUGUCAAACAGUGAAUCACAAAGUUUCUCUGUCAAAGCGCAGGCUGGCUUAAACUUCUUUGAUAAACUGAAGUUUGAUAUUAGCAGUGAAAGUUCCCAACAGAGCUCAUCACUUCAAACAUAUCAGUCCAACAUUACAUACUCCCUCAUUCAAAGCCAUGGAGGCAUACCUUUUUAUCCUGGCAUCACUCUGCAGAAAUGGCAGGAAAGUACCAGCAAUAACCUUGUUACCAUCGAUCGUUCAGGAUUUCCUCUACACUAUUUUAUAAACCCCAACACUGUCCCUGAUCUGCCACACCCUACGAUUGGAAAAGCUGCUCUUACAGUCAGUCAGGCCAUAGAGCGCUACUACAAGAUCAACACCCGCCCUGGGUGUGUUGACAUCAACUCCAAGAACUUCAACUUCCAGGCUAACUUUGAUGAUAAUUCCUGUGAGGGUCCCGCUACAAACCUUAGUUUUGGUGGUGUCUACCAACAGUGUGAAAAAAUCAGCUCAGAUGCAGGUCCACUUUGUGAUGCCCUGGCCCAGAAAAACCCAGAUACAGGUGACUUCUCCUGCCGUCCACCUUACUCACCAACAUUACUGAGAUCAGAAGUGAGACAGCAGAGUUACUCUAAGUAUGAAUGUUAUGAGGAACGUUAUUCCUGUGGAUUUCUGGGAUGGUCAACUUGUUACAACAGACGGUGUCAGGAUGUAAACCAUGUUCGCUCUGCUCGCAUCAACACCUACUGGUGCUCUGCAAAUGGAGAGGCCCCAGAAAACUCAGGGUAUCUGUUUGGAGGCAUAUACAGCCCCUCUCUCCUGAAUCCCCUAACAAAAAGCAAAAGCUGUCCUCCAAACUUCAUUCCACUGAAAUUUCUCUCAGAUGGUGAGGUGAUCUGUGUGAGUAAUGACUAUGAGACAGGUACCAGAUUCUCAGUACCAUUCGGAGGCCUCUUCAGCUGUCAGUCAAGCAACCCACUGGCAAUGAAUCAACGCAGGUGCCCUCCCAAGUUCAGUCAGCACCUUGCUGCAGUCAGUGAUGGCUGUGAAAUUCUCUACUGUGUGCAGUCUGGACUGUUCACAGGUGGAGAGCUCCAACCAAUCCGCUUGCCUCCAUUCACAAAACAUCCACUUAUUAGCAUGCAGGCCACAAACACAGUAAUGGUGAUGACUGAAGGAGAAAACAGCUGGAUCAGAGUGGGCCAGACCAAGAUGUGGAAACUUGCUAAACCAGAGGAAAUCAAGGAAAUAGUCCGUGGCCUUAACCCUGAACUCAAUCAGAUGUCUAGUGGAGAAAAGGCAGGAAUAGCUUUUGGGGUAAUGGGUCUGAUGCUGGUGGUGGUCAUAGUGGCAGUGUUCCUGGUGAAGAGGAGGAAGAGGAGGAUUUCUGGUUUUAGAACUAGAGGUUAUGAGGAAAUACGUGAAGAGGCCGAGAGAGAGACACACCAAGAUGAAGCUAGAGAGCAGAGUCUCUUAGAAGCUUGAUCACUCAGAUACAGAAAUGAAACUGGUGUGGCAGGCUGAGCUGUGAGCUUCUUGUUUGAUUAUCGCCACAGUCUUCCUUCUUCCAGCACUGGACAAUAUUCACAUUUAAGAGCUUGUAUUUUGAAUCAGUCAUUGCAUUACUUUAGUUUGUUAUAUACUGCAUUUUGCACUCAAAAAACUUAGACUAUGAAACUGUAUGUAGGCUUUGUAGAAGUCUGCCUCUGAAAUCACCAGAUGGAGCCUUUAAAACAGAAAGCAUACUACAGGCCAAAAUGCACAAUCCCAUGCUAUAUAAAUUUCUGUACAUAUCUAAGCACUAUAUGUAUGACUAUUUGUAAUUACCUUCAAUAAACUGUGUAUUAUAAUCUAAGAAGAUUUUUUUUCCACAAGAUAUUCUAAUAAAAUA